AUGGUUCUCCAUAAAGCCAUUCAGGCUGCUCGAGAGGGGGAUGUGGAGGCUCUGAGGGCCCUGCAUGUGUCUGGAUGCCUCAGUCCAAACAUCACUGAUCCCCAAGGAGCGUCACCUGUUCACCAUGCUGCCCGAAAUGGGCAACUGGACUGCUUGGAGUUUCUGGUACAUGAAGGUCAUUUCCAAUGCAACACUCGAACGAAGAAUGGAGCGACGGCCGCCCAUGAUGCUGCUGCCACCGGGCAUAUCCGAGAGCUGCAGUGGCUGCUGAAUCAGGAGAAGUGUGGGAUUGAGGAUCGUGAUGGUGAGGGAGCGACAGCUCUGCAUCUGGCUGCCAGGUUUGGCCAUGCGGAGGCAGUGCAGUGGCUGUUGUUUGAAGGAGGAAACACAGAGGCAGAGACCGACUGCGGAGCUCGACCAGUCCAUUACGCUGCAACCAGCGGAGACCUCACGUCCCUCAAAAUGCUCAUGUCUAGCUCUCCACGGUGUGUGGACUGUCAGACAGGAACCGGAGCCACUCCACUGUAUCUGGCCUGUCAGGAGGGGCAUCUGCAUGUGGUCGAAUACCUAGUGAAAGACUGCAGUGCCAACGUCCAUGUUCAGGCCAAAGAUGGCAUGAGUGUGUUACAUGCAGCUGCCCACAUGGGACAUUAUGCACUGGUGGUCUGGCUGGCCUCCUUCACAGACCUGGAUCUGUCCUGUCAGGAUAAGGAUGGAGCUACAGCGCUACACUUCGCCGCUAGCGAGGGCCACCAUCGCAUCGUGGAGCGUCUUUUACUGAUGGGAGUGAAGGUCCUGAAAGACCACUGGGGCGGGACACCUCUGCAUGACGCAGCAGAGAAUGGAGAACUGGAGUGCUGUCGAGUGCUGCUGAAUAAUCACAUCAGUCCGCUGGAGAGAGACUCUGACGGGUUUACUGCACUCCACCUGGCAGAAUACAAUGGCUAUCAUGACUGUGCCAACUUCCUGCGUGAUGCUGGAGCUCAACAGUCUCCAGACAUUGUUCUCAUAGAGGAAGAAAGGACCUUGUUUAGCUCAACCGACCCCUACCAGGACAUUGAGGACUUGAAACACAAAAGCAAGAUGGAAAUCUGCAAGCCGGUGAAUGAAGUUUCUCCUCAGCCUCGUCCUUCUAUAGCAUGUCUGGAAACUUCAUCUACAUUAUUGGAUUCGUCACAGGCUAAGAAAGCUGGAGCUGGAACCAUUCAACACAUGCAAGUGGCCUCUACAGUUGUAACUUCAUUUAACAUGAGGAAGCAUCUUGAGGAAGAGGAGGCCAUGUUAUCUCAUAAGUCCAUGAGGUCGCUGAGACAAGCAGGGAUCACGGCGGUCUUCACUGGACAAACAAUGAAUGUACAAAAAGGAGACAACGACAUUGUUCCGCUUGUGACACUGGAGGCAAAUAUUGCUGACAUUGAUUCUCUGAUCCCGACUCAUGAUGAGAACGGCAGGCCCAUAGCUGAAUGGAAGAGGCAGGUUAUGGUGCGCAAGCUUCAGGCUCGACUUCAAGAUGAAGAUGACCACAGCAGAAAACAGGAAAUCAGCGGCAAACACAUUGAGGUGGAUGGCUGGAGGUAUUCCCAAGUCCACAAUGUGAUUUUGGGGCCCUUUGGAGAGCUGCUCACUGAGGAUGACCUGGUCUACUUGGAGGGACAGAUUGAAACAAUCUCCCUUCAGAAACGAUGUCAGGCCUAUGAACUAGAGCUUGCCCGGCUGGCGGAAGAGCUCAGGGCCAUCCUUCCUGCUCCCAUCGUUAAUAUCACUGUCAACACACAGUGCCCCCAGCUCCCAAACAUGGAGGAAUCUCUGCCUCUUCCUGUGUGGUACAACCGUAUCUCAAAUAUAGUAAAGAGCAUGUCUUUGCUUCUGACAAACCUCUCCGAAACAAAUGGCGAGGAUGGGAUCUAUAAGAUGCCAAACACAGAUCUGGCUUCAGUUUUUACAUAUCAGCCGGAGAGGCAAAGUUCAAUCCGAGGACGAAGGCAGAAGGUGGAACUGGAGAUCCAGCAGUCAGGAGUUUCUGUCAGAAACCUGAGGUCCAAUUUUGAGAGUCAAAUAGGAAACAUCUACCCAUUUUCUGGCCUUAUAAACAACACAUCCGACACAAGGCAGCAAAAACUGUCGACAAAUGGAAGUGAGCCGCCCAUGGGGACAAUCCAAAGCACCGACAUAAAUCACCUUCAUGACAGUGCCAUAAAAUGCCAACAGGCACCAGGCAGAGAUGCAGCAAAAGUAAUGGAGACCACCUGUUUGCGGAAGGAGCGUAUCGUUGUCUUGUUUUUGAGCCACUGGAAAAGGUCUGCAUAUGCAAUAUCACUGCGGGCCAAGAUGAAACAGGAGCUUGGCACUCGUACAGGAGAAGAAAUAACAGCUCCAGUCUCCAAGCCAGGAACUAGAUCACUGUAUCAUCUCUAUAGGCAAAGAACUGCAAUAGAUAAGAUGAUUGGCAACUGGAAACGGGUCACCUCAGGCGUCCCAUCACGACAGAUCCGGAGUCUCCAGAGGAAGCGCGUCACCUAUUCGCCCGAGCAGUUCCUUCCUCGAGUGGACGGCGCUCUGGUUGCUUACGACAGCCUGACCCUUGACCUGUUCAUGCUCGGUUAUUUUCACAUUCUCGAACAGGACCUCACAGCUGAAGAGCGCAAGAUGAGACACCUGUUGUGCUUUGAGGUGUUCGACCAUGUUGGGAAUUUUCCCUGGGAGACGGUCCGAGACUUCCAUCGGGCCGUCCUCAGGGACAUUGAAGCUGGGAGACGUGAGUGGAAAGAUGGUUUUGAGGACAUCAAAGCACAAUAUUUUGGGAAAAAAGAAAAUGGGAUUUCUAAAGAACCUGUGAAUGAUUCCCAUGCAGUACCGCAAGUCAUCAUUGAGAAUAUCACACCAAACGAUGAAAGACAUCUCAAUGGAGAUGGAAGCAAUGAUUUCUCAAUGUUUAAUAAUGAUGAAAUUUGCAAAUAUAUCGACCGAAGUUUCACCUUCUGGAAGGAGAAAGAAGCAGAGUUGUUUAACUUUUGAGAUUUUUGAAUUGGUUAAUAUGAUGCAUUAAAGCUCUAUACGUUUGAGAUAUUGGCUGUUUCUCAA